UUGUCAGAAGAAUUUUUAUGUUAACGACAGACGUUUCAUAUAGUCAAGUUUAAUUUGCUCGAACGAAAUUUUAAUUAAAAAAAAAUUAUAAAAUAUUGUCAUAUAAUAUAGAGCAUAAUGUUACCUAAUUGGAAAACCACUCGUUUAACUGGGCUGGAAUUGACUGGGAAAUAUUUAGAACCUCGAGCAAGAAUACCUCCGAAAUAUAGCCAUGAGGAUUGGACAUAUAAUAACAAUAUUAAAUUUCGUAUUACCUGCGAUCAAGAGCGUUUAGCAGAACGAGUUGUAGAAGAAUCUCGUCGCACUGUUGAUGAAAGAAAAGAUACCACUAAAAAUUGGCAACGUGAGGUUGAACACCAUUUACGUGAACGCGCGAGUGAGAUCCGUUUCCUUUGUGAUGAACUAAAUAGACAAAAAAAGACUGCCUUACUUGAAGAUGAAGCAUUAUCGGUUUAUCGUGAUCGAGUUCUAAAUGCUAUUGAGUUUUUAAAAGAGAAAUCUUUGGCCAUAAACCAUCGUUGCUUGUUACUUCGAGAAGGACGAAUUGGAGUGGACUUAUGCGAUGAUGAAGUGGAUCGAGAAUUACGUCAAGAGUUAAAAGUUAUUAAGGGUACUCAAUGUUUGAUGGAUAAAGUCAUUAAGGAAGCAACUGAGCAAAUCCGUAUGCUUAGAUCAACGAUGUAUUUAUUGGAUAAAGACUUGGAGCAAAAAGAUGUAUCUUUGCUAAUUGAUGAGAAGAAUCUAAAAUUACGUGAGACUCAACAAAAUCUAGGUGUUGGACAAGAUCUCACAAAGCACAAUUGCCAAUAUACUUUGCAUGAAUGGGAGCACAAAACUCAUCAAAAUUUGGAGACUAAUUCGAAGCAACUUAACUCUGCCUCACAACUUCGUGCUUAUAUUGAUCUUAUAUUGAAGCAAUUCUGUGAGGACAUGCAAAAUCAAACUGAUCGCACAAAUGAUGCAUUUGAAAGUCGCAUUAAAGAAACAAAAUACGUUAAGCAAUGCUUAGAAAAUAAGCAUAAUGACACAUUGCAUCAUAUCGAAGAAGUACAACGCAAUAUGCAACAGUUAGAAAAAGAAAUAGCAGAUGCACACCGUUCUAUGACAUUGUGCCAGACUCGUUUGAGUAAUCGAGCACGACGACCUGGUCUCGAGUUGACUUGUGACACUGUACAAGAUGCUCUUUAUCACGAACUUGAAGCUUUGAAAGCUACCCUAUGUAAAUUGAAGCAAAACCUUAUGGAAAACAAGGCCAGUCUUCGCUAUUUAUUGCAUGUCCAAUUGAUGCAAGAGGAAGAGAUAAAUAUAAAAGCCAAUACUAUCAAAAUUGAUGAAAUAGAUUGCAUGACUAUACGCCAAGCACUUAAAUAUCAAUCGUUUUAAAUUAAACAGACACAGACAUCUUAUACAAAAAUUCAAAGUAAAAAUUUGUUAUUUAUUCUAUAUGUUAG